AUGGCCAUUCCUGAAGGCGACUACGAAAAGGGAAAGAAGGUGUUCAAGCAGCGUUGUGCUCAAUGUCACGAGAUCAGCUCGCUGGGUACCAAGACCGGCCCCACCUUGAAUGGGGUUAUGGGCCGCAAGAGUGGAAUGGUCGCUGGAUUCGAGUACUCGGCUGCCAACAAAAACAAGGUAUGUUUGGGUAUUGUUAUUCAUGUGGGUUUAUGUAUGGUUUUUGAGUAAUAUGGGCUUAUUUAUGGUUUUUGGGGUCUUUUUAGGCUUAGUUUGCGCUUUGGAUUUCUUUUAGGCUUGUUAUAGGUUUUUGAGAUUUGCUAGUGUUUUGACUUGUUGUUAGGCUUAUUUUGCGCUUCAGACAUUCAUUAGGCUUGUUCUUGGUUUUUAGGCUUGUUUUUAUUUUGUGGGCUUUUUUAGGUUUAAUUUAGCGUCUUGGGCGAUUUUGAGGUUUAUUUUAAAGUUUUGAGCUUUUUUAGGCUUAUUACAAGGUCUUGAGCGAUUUUUAGGCUUAUUUUACAAUUUUAAGAUUUUUUAGGCUUAUUUGAAUGUCUGGAUCGAUUUUUACGCUUAUUGUCAUGUUUUGAGCUUUUUUAGGCUUAUUUUAGAGUCUUUAGUCCUUUUUAGGCUUUUACAGUUUUUAAGAUAUUUUAGGCUUAUUUGUGUUCUUUGUUGUUACAAACCGUAUGUCAGGGCAUUGGGGCUUUUUUAAGCACAUUUUUAAAUUCUGGCGUUUUUUAGGCUUAUCGUAAGGCAAUUCUUAAGCUUACGUUUGGUUUUUGGCUUUAAAGAUUUGCGACAUUUUUAGGCUUAUUUUUUGGCAGCUUUUAUCAUUAUUUACAUUUUCACUUUUUUCAAUUUAAAAUUUGCGGAAAGGUAAUAAAGUCGUAUUUUACACUACUUUACUGUCCAUUUUAUCAUUAUAUAUACCCAGAAACAAAUGUUUGUUGGUAGAAGUUUGUUUUUCGCAUUUAUUCAUGUCCCCAAAGUCCUCAAUUAGCGCGCGGUUUUCCCGCAAAAGGCAAUUCCCAGGGCCAUGGGAACGCGCCCUUGUAGCUCAGUGGUUUCAGAGCGUCGGUCUUGUAAACCGAAGGCCCAAGGUUCGAAUCCUUGCUGGGGCAAUGCGCUUUUUUGACCAUUUCGGGGUUAGUUAAGUUUAGUACUGAUUAUUUUUGGUAUCCUAGGUCAUUGUAAGGUUUUUUUUAUAUUAAUUUUACAAAUUGAAGGCUAAUGUUGUGGUAAUUUGGAAUUUUUUGAAAGAAAUUUUGUCAAAUCUGUUGUUUUUUGGUAAAAUACGUGUUUUAUUACUUUGUUAAUUAAUUUUUUAGAUUUCAGGGAGUAGUCUGGAGCCGUGAGACCCUGUUCGAGUACCUGGCCGACCCCAAGAAGUACAUUCCCGGCACCAAGAUGGUCUUUGCCGGCCUGAAGAAGGAGAAGGAACGUGCCGAUCUGAUCAAGUACAUUGAAGUCGAAGGCUCGAAACCCCCGUCAUAA